GUGUUUCAGAGUACAUUUUGUUAUCAAAGUUAUGUUUUUGAUCAUUUGUGUUCAGUUUUGCCGUGUUAAAACGAAAAAAGCUCAAAUUUCUAUUCACGGUCCCACCACUUCAUCAAUCUUUUCCCUUCUUUAAGUUCUCUCCCCCACUCUCUAUGGCAGUUUCACUUUCCUUUGUUUCCCCUCUCCAGUCUCCCCCUCAAACUUCAAUCGCCGCCCCAUGCGCUAGAGCUAAAGCGCUAAGCUCUACCUAAUUUGAGGUGCGUCAGUGUUCUUCCCGUCUGGGUUUCUCCCUGUUCAACUUUCUGGUCGGUGGAAAUAGAAUAGAUGCCCUUAAAACAUCAAUAAAAUUAGUGUUUUGUGUGCAUUUUGGGUUUUCUUUUUAUGGUGACGUUGUAUAUGGUUGGAGAAGUGUAUGCCCCACUGAUUCAGGGAAAAAAAAUAUAUUUCAAUUUCAAUCUGAAUUGCAUGUAUUCCCAGUUUCUUCUUUAUAUAAAAAUGUUUGGGGUUGGUGAAGCCAGUUGUGGAGGGUAUUCAGAAGAAAGUUUCGAUCUUGGCUGUGGGUUUUCAUGAGGGCUUAUGUGAAUUGGAAGAACACAGCCAUAUUAGGUAAUUCUAGAGAGGUGAACAUUUGUGAAGCAAAGUCAGAUCUUUUAGGGGUAAAUAUUUGUUAGUAGGUUGAGUUUCAAGGUCAAGUGUCAUUCUUGAGGAUCAGAUUGAUCAUACGUUGGAUGUGUUAGUAUUUUUGUUAAAGCGGAGAUCAUAAGCUUCGAGAGAUCCUAUUUGCUGGAAAGUGAAAGGCAAAAUUUGAUUCCUUGUCUGCCAGGAUCCACAUAAACAUAACCAAAUUCUGAAAUUGGUCAUUCUUUUGGCCAUUCUUAUUUUGGCUAAGAUUGGUGAAUAGUAGAACCUUAGCUAAACGAAAACAACACAUAAAACGAUCUCAAGAAAUGGCCAAGAGAGCACACAGGCGUUCUUUACGUUAUGAAAGAGAUCGGGCAGGUUGUAUGUGGAGUUUCAUCAGGAUCUUUGACUUCCGCCGUAGUGUAUCCUCCAGAAAGCUGCUUGCAGAUAGAAGGCAGACUAUCAGAGCUGGUGUUGCUUCAAGCUUAAAGGUCACAAGUCCAGAUCACAGUGAGAACAGCGUUCGAGUUGAGGGCACCAAAGAAAGAGAGUUAGCAACAUGUGAUGAAGUUAAAACAAGGGUGAAGCAACUUAUGCAUGAAGAUAUGAUCAACAAAUCCACCCAUAAGAAUCAAAGCAAUGAUGAUACUAAAGUUGAAGCACAACCGUUUGAGUCUACCCAUAGAAUAAAGCCUGCUAAAAAGACAAAUGAAGUUCUCAGGCAUUCUAGAAAUUUAUCUUUGUCUGGUUUGGAUGAUGAUGUCACGAGAACAGGAUCUGAAGUAUCUUCUUCCCGAUAUAAAGUCUGCAGCUCCAGUGACUUGCAUUGUUCAACAGAAGAGCAGUUGAGCUCUGCAAUUGAGGUGUUUAUAAAUCAUAAACUGAAGAACAGUAAUAUUCCCAUAAGAGAAGAAGUUGAGAUUAAUAGUGAUAAGUCCAAAGAGUUGACCGAUGCACUGGAGACCUUGCGUUCUAACAAGGAAUUGUUCCAUAGACUCUUACAAGACCCGAAUUCUAAUCUGGUAAAACAUAUUGAAAGCCUGGACGAUGGAUUACAAAAAGAAGUGGAUGAUGAAAUCACUGAACAUAAUAAACAGCAACCACAGCGGUCACACAGGAGAACCAAAUCUCAGGGAAGCUCUCAUUCUUCAAGCAAAAUUGUAAUUCUAAAGCCUGGCCCAAUUCACAAUAAGGUGCCGAGUGAGAGAAACUCAUCCCUCUUCUCUUUUACUGAAAUUAAAAGAAAGCUUAAGCAUGUUAUGGGAAAGGACCACAGGGAAAUAAUGUCUCCCGAGGUUAAGAAGCGUGUUAACAAUAGUGAGAAAGGGAUUAGUGGAGAUAAUGUGGGGUGGAGUUCUCCAAACAGAAACCAUUUUUACACAGAGAGAUUUGCCAAGCCGCUUCCUUCAACAUGUGAUUAUCAUCCCAAGAAAAGGGUACCGGAUAUAUAUCUUGAGGCCAAGAAACAUAUUUUCGAGAUGUUGGAUAGUGGUGAGGAAAAGGAAGGGUCUUCAAUGAGUGGGAAUUUGUCCAAAUCUCUUGGGAGGAUUCUCUCGUUUCCUACUAAUUACUAUAGUUCUUCUAGAAGUAGCUCUAGCAACAGUUUUAGCAGUGAAGAUCAAAUCCGUUUUCCACAGAGAAGAGUGGAAGCAAAUGUGCCUUCAACUGGGGCUGUUCAAGAUAGUCAAGAAACAUCUCAAAGUAAAUGUCAGGAGGAUGAAAGAGUCUCAAAUGCUUCGCGUGAUUUAAGUAGCUCUUCAAUUACUAUAAAUACGGACAGUUCUUAUGUCACUGUAUCGUUCGGUGAAGAGAGCUCUGAAAUGACAAUAGAAAGCUUAGAGACAGAACUACAAGGCGCAGAACACAUUUCGCCUCCUCCAGAUUAUGCACACUCAUUUGAAUCUCGAAAAGAUGAUCCAGAUUGUGCAAUGGACAGAACAGAGCGGCCUAGUCCCAUAUCUGUUCUUGACCCGUUAUGCAUAGAGGAUGACAUCAGUCCUUCAAGCACUCCAUGUCAAUCAGUUGAACCUGAAAUUCAACCACGGAAAAUCCAUUUUGAGGAACCAGCGGACUCUACCGUUGACCAACCGCUAAGGACUUGUUUGGAAAGUGAGGAAACUGCAUUUGAAUAUGUGGAGGCGGUGCUGUUAGGUUCAGAUCUAAAUUGGGACGAUUUCCUCUUGCGGUGGCUUUCUUCUGAUCAGAUUCUUGACCCAUCAUUGUUUGAUGAAGUGGAGCUGUUUUCUAGCCGAUCUUGUCAUGACCAAAAGCUCCUUUUUGAUUGCACCAACGAGGUUCUCAAGGAUGUGAUUGACCGACAUUUUCCAAUUAUCAGACAGAGUAUUAGGCCAAGACCGAAGGGGAUGGACUUGAUCCAUGAAGUGUGGAAUGGUGUUGAAUGGUAUCUUCUUAAACAUUCCUCGACUCGUUCUUUGGAUCAGUUGGUCAGCAAACAGUUGGCAAGGUCAGGGGAAUGGCUGGAUCUUCAUUUUGAUAUUGGGAAUAUUGGGUUUGUGAUAGAAUCAGCUGUUCUUGAAGACUUGUUGGAGGAAAUUAUCAUAGAGGCUCUUUUGGGUGUUAUUUCCACAUGUUAAAAGGGGUUUUCUUUAAUGUAAAUAAAUAUAUUCUUGAGCGCUUCAUUCCUUGUUGCCAGCUGUGAAAUCUUCAGUUCUUUUUCCCCGGAAGUGCUUUUUUCCAUAAUUUUUUUUUUGGGAGUGGGGGUGAUGCAAGGAGUGAUUCUUGUUGCUAGGAUUUACUGUGUGUGAAUUUUCUGCUCGAUUACUUGUGUGAUUACAUAGUGGUUGUAACUGAGAAUUGAAGAAAAUAGAAAUAACAAUCAUCUUGAGCUUGUAUUUUCUUAAACCAGGACAGGUUUUCUGCAGUUCAUGCUAUUACAGUAUUACCCUGUUAUUAUGGUCAUAUGGUGUCCUUUUAGAGAAUGGGGC